AUGUCCAACCCUCCCUCCACUAAGCCUGCCUCUCCCUUCGCGCCACUCCGCCGCGUAGUGACGGGCCACACCCUCAGCGGCCACGCGACGGUCGUCGAGGACAACAUCCAGGCUGCGCGGUACUUUAGCGAUGCAGCCACCAGCCCCUGCUACGACCUGUACUAUUCCAGCACGACUCCGGCGGCAAAUGACUCUGAAUUGGAGAAUGCUGGCGGGAACUCGAAAUGGGUCGACGAGGUCAAAGAACACCCGGAGAUCCCGCCUGCGGCCGGUGGGUCGAAUUUCAGGUGCUGGGAUAUGCCCCCUGGGAGUGUUACGCCAAUGCACCGCACGCUUUCGCUCGACUACGCUGUUGUCCUGAAGGGCAGCGUUGUUCUUGAUCUCGACAACGGCGAGCGCACAGUUUUAGCUGAGGGUGAUACAAUAGUGCAACGUGGGACGAUCCAUGCCUGGCGGAACGAGUCGGACGAGUGGUGCCGGAUGCUGUUUGUGAUGAUUGGUGCGAAACCAAUAGAGGUCUCGGGAAAUGUAUUAGGAGAGGAGUACCGCUGA